AUGCAAUAUGCUGACGGCCUCCCCGUCCUUCCCAGGACCGAUACCGAGACCGCCGCCGCUCUUGCCGCCACCCUGGCGAGACAGCCCCCGGUUUACUUCCGCGACUACACGCGCGGCCGGUGCAUUCACUGCGCACUCACGGCCUCACCGUGCACCUUCACCAGAACCACGCCGUCGACGCCGUGCGGGCGGUGCCGGCGGCUCGGGUUGGUUUGCAUGGUCCGGCGGCCGGGGACGGCGAGGCGUAUUGUCACGGGGGACGAGGCAGGGGACUGGGUUCCCGUGCAGCGGGUGGUCGAGAAGGCUGUGGGCGAGGUUGGGGCGCGUGCGAUCGCCGAGAAGGCCAUGCGGGAGAGCGAGGAGGAGGGGAGGAGGGCGGUGUUUGGAGGCUGCUUCAGAGCGAAGGAUAUCAGGGGCUGGUGCCUGCCGAGGGUAGUCGAGAGCGGGGAAGGUGGUGAUGGGCUUUGGAGGCGGUUUCUAACUAGGAAGGACGAGGAGGAUAACCACGAGGAGGCUAGGGGCAUGAACGGAAGCUCUCCACCCGACGCUGUCGUCAAGAUAGAAGAGGGAAGUGGAUGUUUACACAAACUAAAAGGACGGACUAGUGAAAAUAAGCUGUAA